AUGCAAAAAGAUCUUGCAACGUCUUUAAAUUCACCAAUUUUAACGGUUCGAACACCAAUAAAGAGAUUAGGAUUAAGCCGAAAAAGAAAAAGUACUUCUGUUUUAAGCUGUGAAACUAAAAUUCAAAUUUUAGAUAAGAAUUCCUCAAACACGCCAAUUAAAAAAACUGUCGAUACUGAUGAAAAGUUGAAUGAAGAAGACAAAACAACAAAAAUAAUUAAAAAUGAGAUUAACUGUAGCCAGACUGAGGAAAAUUUAGAUUUUGAAAAAGAAAUUGUUGCAGUUCGAAAAAGAAUCGAAGAAAAAGAAAAAAUUCUCAAAGAUGUAGAAAAUAAAACUGUAAAUUGUAGAGAUUUAGAAAAUUUAAUAGAACAGUGGAAAAUAGGAUGUAAAAAUGCAUUUUUACAUUUGAAUAAUAUAUUAAUGAACAGGCAAGAAGAGUAUGAUAGUAGGACAUUGUUAAAAAAAUUAGGAAUAUGGAAUAUAAUGUAUGAAAUAUUUAAAAAUGAUAUAGAUUUAAAUCUUUCUGAUAAUAGCGAAUAA